UAUUUUGUAUUAUUUCCUUACAUAAUAGUGACCUGCACUUUGUCCACAUGUGCUGGCUUCCAGCUGGCAACUAAACAUAGAAAGUUGAAAGCUCCUUAGCAGAGAAACCUCUUAUAAGUUACCUUCCGUGAGUUGAACACCUAAAGAUACUUAGCGAAAAUCCUUCUGGGGUAUUUAAUUCUGAAUGAGUAAUUACUUGAGUGCCAGUGUCUCUUGCUACCACAGCAGGCUUCAGAUCCACUCAGCGCUCCUCAGAGGGUUGGAAGGAUAUACAAUACAGCAGACUUCAGUGGCUAGAGAGGAUAUACAAAAGCAGCCAAGAUGUGUGACAUGGGAGGUCUGGACAAUUUGAUAGCCAACACGGCUUACUUGCAAGCCAGGAAAAGUAUGGAUGGUGACACCAAAGAAAUGCUAAAGAGGCGCAGGAGCCUGUCCCUUCCCAGCCCCGAUCAGUGUGCGGAAAUGAGACAGAAGAUCUGCAUUGAGUUUGAAAGUGUCUGUGAGCAGCAGCCCAUAGGGAAAAGGUUUUUCAGACAGUUCACGCAGACAGUCCCUGAGUAUCAGACUGCUGUCGCCUUCCUGGAUGAGCUGAAUAACUGGGAACUGGCAGAGAAUACCGGGAGAGACAACCUGCGCCAGAACAUUGCCACCAGCUUCCUCAAACCGGACUCCAAGAACUUCAUCUCUUACGUGAGCCCAGAGUUAGCUGAAAAGUGCAAAAAUGUGACUGAAAAGGACUUUGAGGAGGUCAUGGUGCUGGCCAAAGAGGAGACCAGGAAGUUUCUUAUGGGCAAACCCUUCCAGGAAUUCCAAAGCAGUCUCUUCUUUGACAAGUUCAUGCAGUGGAAAGUAUUCGAACGGCAGCCAAUUACUGAGAAAUAUUUUUACGAGUUCAGGAUUCUGGGGAAAGGAGGAUUUGGAGAGGUCUGCGCUAUCCAAGUCAAGGUUUCUGGACAGAUGUACGCUUGCAAGAAAAUGGACAAGAAGAGAUUAAAAAAGAAAAAAGGAGAGAAGAUGGCCCUGCUGGAAAAGAAGAUCUUGGAGAAAGUCAACAGCCCCUUCAUUGUCAAACUUGCGUACGCUUACGAAUCCAAAACCCAUCUUUGUUUGGUGAUGAGUCUCAUGAACGGAGGCGAUCUGAAAUACCACAUUUACAACAUCGGGGAAAGAGGUAUAGAAAUGAACCGUGCCAUCUAUUACACAGCCCAAAUAACGUGUGGCAUCUUGCACCUGCAUUCAAUUAAUAUAGUCUACAGAGAUAUGAAGCCAGAAAAUGUACUUUUGGAUGACAAUGGGCAAUGCAGGUUAUCUGAUUUGGGUUUGGCAAUUGAAAUUAAAGAAGGAAAACAAAUCAACCAGAAGGCUGGCACCAGUGGUUACAUGGCUCCAGAAAUCCUGAAUGAAGAGAAUUAUACCCACUCCGUGGACUGGUUCGCCUUGGGCUGCAGUAUCUAUGAGAUGAUCGCCGGCCGGACCCCUUUCAAGGAUUUCAAAGAGAAAGUGAAUAAGGAUGAAGUGAAGAGGAGGUGCCUUGAGGACGAGGUGAAGUUUGAGCAUGCAAACUUCGAUGAACCCACCAAAGAUAUCUGCAAGCAGUUCCUGGUCAAGAAGGUGGAGGAGCGGUUAGGUUGCAGAGGAGCAAAUGAUGACCCGAGGAUGCACCCAUGGUUUAAAUCCAUCCAAUUUCAUCGUUUGGAAGCUGGUCUUGUAGACCCACCCUUUGUGCCAGACCCCUCUGUUGUCUAUGCAAAGGAGAUCGGGGACAUUGCAGAUUUCUCUGAAAUACGAGGCAUCGAGUUUGAUGACAAAGACAAAAAAUUCUUCAAGAGGUUUGGCACAGGAGCGGUCUCUAUCCCCUGGCAGGAGGAGAUGAUUGAAUCAGGACUGUUUGAUGAACUGAACAACCCCAACAGGAAAGAGUCCAAGGCGAUGGAUGCAGAUACUGGGGAAAGCAAAUCAGGCGUCUGCUUGCUUCUUUAAAAGACAGAGCCUCAGUAAAGAAGGACUGACAACCAACAAUU